AUGCUGAGUAGGAGUAAUGUCAAAACUCCAAGGAAGGAUGGGAACAACUCGAAUUCGGGCUUUGCCUCUCUAGAAAACAAUUGCUAUGAAGGAGAACGUCUCACCAGUCUGCUCCAAUCAAUUCGUAGGGAGAUCCAAUUGGCAAGAAAUUCAGAUGGAAGUUCCUUGCCAGAGAAGAUAUGGUUAAAGCAACAAUUUUCUAUCGGGGUCAAUGAUGUCACUCGUGUCCUUGAGCGCAUGAAACCAUGCACUGAGUUAGAGAGGUCAGCUCAACAGUUCCCUUUAAGAAGCAACAGUAAAGCAUCUUCAGUUAAGCUUCAGGCUGUGCUUGUAGCUUCUGACUGCAACCCACGAUGGCUGACGAAGCAUCUGCUAAGCUUGGCUUCAUCGAGGAGUGUACCCCUGAUCUUUGUUAAAGAUAAUAAACAAGGUUCUUUGAGACUAGGUGAACUUGUUCAGUUAAAAACUGCCAUUGCUAUCGGAAUUAAGGUUAAACAAAGCAGCAUAAAUAAAAUUAUUCAGGAAGUUGUUCAAGGUGAUAGAUUUGAACUUCGACCUGACGGUUAG